AAACCCCCUUCUCUCUCUGCUGCAGCAAACUCACUGGCCAGUGACCACCUUGGGUUCACAAACUCCUGCACAGGAACUCUCUCUCUCUAUUACUAGCACCCACAUUGGCGACAAAAUGCCAGGCUCUGGUUCACUUCUGAGACAGCUCAGCGGGAAAGAAGCUUGGAGCUCUACCUCGAAGAGGUGGGCUGUUGGUGUGGGAAGUGGAAGCAAGAGGUACAACUCUGCCAACGCCGGGAGAAGCUUGGACCCAAUGGAAGGGCUCGAGCAAAUGUAUGGCGGGGAGAAUGGCGGGUCGGUGAUGAGGAAGAGGGUGAUGGUGGUGGUGGACGAGAGCUCUCGCUCCAAGCAUGCAAUGAUGUGGGCCCUCACUCAUGUGGCCAACAAGGGCGACUUGCUCACCCUGCUUCACAUCAUCCCUCCUGGAGCCGAGAGAUCUGCUUCUCCUCCUUCCUCUGAUUCUUCUUCUUCUUCUUCUUCUUCUUCAACUUCUCCAUAUCUCGCCAAUUCUCUCGGGUCUCUCUGCAAGGCUUCUAAACCAGAGGUGGCAGUGGAGGCACUAGUGAUACAAGGUCCAAGGAUGGCCACUGUGAUGAGCCAAGUGAAGAAGCUGGAGGUCUCAGUGCUCGUGCUGGGCCAGAAGAAACCGUCCUCUCUCAUCCGCUGCCUGUGCGGGGCCAGCGGAUCUGAGGAGUUCGUGGAGCAAUGCAUCAACGGAGCAGAUUGCUUGACCAUAGGAGUGAGGAAGCAGAGCAGAGGUAUGGGUGGCUAUCUCAUCAGCACCAGAUGGCAGAAGAACUUCUGGCUCUUGGCCUGAGUUUGAGUUGGCUCCCUUUUUCUUUAAUUUUUCUCCUUAUGUUUUAAUAAUCUUGUGAAAGUUAUUAAUUUCCUAGUCUAUCAUCAUUGCUGUAGUAUAGUAGUAGAAGCAGUAGUGCAGAAUCCGAUGAAGGGAAGGGGUUAUUUAGAAGUAUCAUAUAAUAUGAUUCUUAGGUAUGUAUAAUAAUUGUAGAAUCUAGGACCAGGACCUUCAAUCAUGUAAUCUAAUCUAAUAUGGUAGUAUCUAAUCUAUCAGAUGAUGUAGAGAUCUGUCUA